AGUCGACGAGGGUGUUGUUGACAUUCCCAGGAGCCCUACAAAAAAUUUCUGCAGUGCUAUGGCAGUAUUGUCAGUGGCCUCAAAUUCAUGUUUUCAGCCGGACAGGUGAAAACACUGAGCCGUCAGAUGACUGUGCACUUCGGUUGAUUUUGUGGAAGUGGUUGUUAUCAGUAUGACUCGUGAUAUCAUUCUUGGAGAUGAACUGCCCGACUGGGUCGGUGCGAAAGAGUUUUAUCAGAAGUAUGAUCCCAAAGAGGUGAUUGGGAGAGGUGUGAGCAGUGUGGUGCGCAGAUGUGUACACAAACACACAGGGCAGGAGUUUGCAGUGAAGAUCAUUGAGAUCACUGCAGAGAAAAUGACGGAACAGCAGUUAGAGGAGGUGAAGAGCUCCACACUGAAGGAGAUCCAUGUGCUCAAUGUGGUGAAGGGCCACCCGUCCAUCAUCACACUUAUUGAUUCUUAUGAGUCAACAACCUUCAUAUUUUUGGUAUUUGACCUCAUGAGGAGAGGAGAGCUAUUCGAUUACUUGACUGAAAAAGUCACUCUCAGUGAAAAGGAAACCAGGAGUAUGAUGCGUGCUCUUCUGGAGGCUGUCCAGUAUCUACAUUCUCUAAAUAUUGUACAUCGUGACCUCAAACCUGAAAAUAUUCUGUUGGACGACCAGGGACACAUCAAACUUUCUGACUUUGGCUUUUCAGUCCUGCUGGGGCCUGAUGAAAAACUAAGAGAGUUGUGUGGAACACCAGGAUAUCUGGCACCAGAGAUUCUGAAGUGCUCCAUGGAUGAGACACAUGACGGAUAUGGGAAAGAGGUUGACCUGUGGGCUUGUGGUGUGAUCAUGUUCACGCUUCUUGCUGGUUCUCCACCAUUCUGGCAUCGCAAACAGCUGCUGAUGCUGAGAAUGAUCAUGGAAGGCCGGUACCAGUUUAGCUCUCCAGAGUGGGAUGACCGGUCUGACACCGUCAAAGACUUGAUCUCCAGGCUUUUAGUGGUGGAACCCACAGUUCGUCUAACGGCUGAGCAAGCUUUAGCUCAUCCUUUCUUCCGUCAGUACCAAAAGGAGGAUGUGCGGCUCUUUAGCCCCAGGAAGACAUUUAAGGUGCGUGUUUGUUUGGUUUUUCAUUUAUAUAAACUACCUGUGAGGUAG